GGCGGGGGAGGUUCUCCGCCCUGGGGCGGUCAUGACGUGCGUGUCCGUACCCAUCACCGGGACUCACAGAAACAGAGGUGUCCCAGUGGGAAUCUCUGAGACGUGGGACUGGUUGUGGUUUUCUCCUCCUCCACGUGAAGAGUCGUCCCAGCCGUGGCUCUCCCGAGGGGUGCCUGGGGGAGAGUAAGGAGCAGGUCAGGAAGUCCCCCGAUACCAGGACCACUGCGUUUACCAGCCCGAUACUGCCGAGACUCUGUUGAGGCUCUUCAGGGGCGGACAGCGAGUCCUCCUCCCCCGCACCUGUGUCGUGGGCAGACAGGUGCAGCCCCCAAGCGAGGAGAAGGCAGGGCAGACCCUGCCCUUGUACUUGACACGGCUGGCGGGAUGACCCUGCACACCUCUUUUGGGUCCCGCCCCUGGGAAAGGCCCUGGUGCCCUUCUGAAAGGUGCUAGCUCCCUGAAGCCUCGCUGCUUCUCACGGCUGCCCUACACUGUCGCCCAGGUCAGAGCCCGGAGGCCCCGUUCCUACGUGCACCGCCACCAGCGCCCAUCCGUCUCUUACCCCCCAGGGUUAUUUCCCCUUUCACCUCUCUCCCCUUUUGUUUGUCCUUCUUUCCCUUUGUCGGGAGUCUCCCAGUUUCUGUCCACAGACGGUCACCCCAAGGGUCCUCAGAUGACCCUCAACCUCCCUGCCCCGCAGUCACCCAUUUAUCCCCAAGAACCACCAACAUAAUGGAGGCCGGGGACCCCUCGUCUCCUUGAGCCCAUCCUAGUGAGGCCCUUGUGGCUCCGCUCAGCGCCCCACCUUCUCCCCAGUGGCCCGUCUGCGGGCGGCCCUGCCCCCUUCCCGCCCGCUCCCUCACACGGACGUGCACACACACGCACAACUGACCUUCACUCACGCAAACACACAACACACACACACACACACACACACACACACACUGACAUUCACACGCACGGUCUCAUACACACCGACAUAUGCGCGCGCGCGCGUUGUGAAAGGACGCGCAUCUGGUGGAAGGGACCUCGGCCGUGACCUUCCCAUGGAAGAGCCCAGGGGCCGGAGCCGGCCGGCCGCACCCGCUGGUCCCCGGCGGGCUGGUCGGCAGCCCGAAGUGGAAGGGGCGGGAACGCGCGCGCAGUGGGCCCAAGAUACGGACAUUAAGAUCGGACACUCCCUGUUGCACUGUACAAGGUCUCUGAACUGUAAUUAAAAGUUUUUGUCGAGCCCCUCAGCCUCGCCUUGCGACUCUGCGGCCCGUCCGCCCGCCCAGCCAGGAUCCGGGUGCGAGGCGCGCCCCUUCUCAGCACCGCACCGCCCUCGGGCUCCUGCGUGUGCGCGCCCCAGCGCGGCUCGGUGACGGACGCCCGCCGCUUCCAAUCGGGAGCGCCCGGGGCCGGGGCCGGCCAAUAGCCGGCCCCGGGGGGCGGGCCGGCCGAGCCAGUUUGGUUUCGCGCGGCGACUUCAACAUGGCCGAAGCGCGCAGCAGCUACGCAGGCGGCGGCAGUGAGGGAAAGGGGCCUGAGGGGCCGUCCCGGGAAUCCGUGCCCCCCGGCACCACCGUGCCCAGGGUGAAGCUCCUCGACACUCUGGUGGAUACCUUCCUCCAGAAGCUGGUCGCCGCCGGGAGCUACCAGAGAUUCACCGACUGUUACAAGCGCCUCUACCAGCUGCAGCCUGAGAUGACGCAACGAAUCUACGACAAGUUUAUCACCCAGUUGCAGACGUCUGUCCGGGAGGAAAUCUCCGAAAUCAAAGCAGAGGGGAACCUGGAAGCCGUCUUGAAUGCCUUGGACAAGAUCGUGGAAGACCGCAAGGACCAGGAGGAGCCGGCCUGGCGCCCGAGCGGGAACCCGGAGGCGGACCUGCGCAGCGCCCUGGUGCCCUACUUCCGGCAGCAGCGGGACGCCUUGCAGCGGCACGUGCGCAAACAGGAGGCGGAGAACAGGCGGCUGGCGGAGGCCGUGGUGGCCGGGCGCCAGCAGGUGCAGGAGCUCCAGCGGCAGGGCCAGGCCCGGCAGCAGGCCUGGCAGGCCCUGCACAGAGAACAGAAGGAGCUGGUGGCUGUGCUGGGGGAGCCGGAGUGAGGAGGCGACGGCCGGACCAGGAGCAGAGGGCCGUCGAGGUCGAGGGCCUGGCCUCCGAGAAGCACUGGCAUGGUGCCCAGUCCCUGAGUGGGGAUGGAAUUAGCUGGAGGAUGAGGCCUGUCUAUCCUGCUUUGGGGGCUCCCCUGGGGUCCCCCCCAACACACACACACACACACACACACUUCAGAUUCUUCCGUGUUUUCUCGUAACUAGGACUGUUGGGCAGCUCCAAUCCCGGGAGUCGGGUCCCCGCCUGCUCCUGAGCCCCUCCCCUCCCACCCCCCCCCACUCGGGGAGUCUGUGUUCGUUCUCCACUGAUUGCCCCCUUGCUGGCCAGCCUGCGGACCCGUGCCAUGUUCUCCCCACAUCCGUAAAUAAACUUCCUGCACUUCCUA